AUGCAACCUUCAGAUUAGAACAACAAUCCCUACUGUUAGUUAUAGAAUAACACUUACCUUAUAGAUUCUGGUAAGAAUAACCAAGAUUUCAAGGGCAGUAGCAAUAAUGCUAACACUGGCAAGGGAACUUCACAAAAUGAAGGAAAUAAUUCUAAUAAUAGUUCAGGAAUGAACUAUUCAAAUCCUAAUGGUCAGGAUGGAAACUUCUACAACCCUAAUGAACCAAAGGAAACUCCAUACCCAAACAAAUUCAACUCAUUGCUUGAGAAAGAGGAUCCUAGGUCCUAGAUCAACAAGUCUCAUUCAAUUGUUGAAGAGGAAGAUCCCAAGCUAUUAGCCAAGAUCAGCAGACAAACAGUCUCUGUAGACUUGGCAUAAAUUUAGCCUGGCACAGUAGUUGAGGACCCACUUGCUCAGCAGGUGUUCAAAUACAUCUCACAUGAUGACGUCAAAUCCCUUAAGACAUUGUUCUUCAAUGAUCCCAGCAUCGAUGUAAUCAGCAUGAGGGAUGCCAGAAAGUUCUCAGUUCUUGCCUUCAGUUGCUACAAAAACUCAGAGGAGUGCUUUAUAAUCCUCUACAACCAAGCUAGUGAAAAUAACCUUGCCAAGGCAUCAUACGAGUAAAAACGCUCAAUUUUAACCUAGUGGGUCAACGAAGUUACUGAUGACGAAUUCAGUGCUUUGCACUUCGCAACCUAUCAAGGAAACUACCAAAUCAUCAAGUUCCUUAUGGAGAACACUGAUGCCGAUAUCUAUAAAAAGAAUAAGUUCGGCUCAACUGUCCUGCACAUUGCAGCCUAGGGUGACCAAGCCAUGCCAAUUUAUUACUUUGGACACAUCAGAGGCAUGAAUAUCAACAUUCCCGACAACAAGAUGAGCACUCCUCUCCAUUGGGCCGUCUACUCAAGAUCUGAGGUAGCACUUAACUAUAUCCUUAGUUUGAAUCCCGAUCUUGCAGCUAAAGAUUCCAAGGGCCACACAGCUCUUCAUUUAGCAGUGAAGAGUGUCGAGCACUUAAAGUCAACAAGACCAGUGAGAUCUCUCUUACUCAAGGGUGCCGACAGAGAAGCCAAAGACAAUGAAGGCAGAAAGGCCAGAGAUUACAUAAGUGAUAAUCUCCCAGAUCCCAUUAGAAGAGAUCUUAAAAAUAUCCUCGCAAAGCAAAGAUACAUUGAAUGUAUGAUGAUCAAGACUCCUCUUGUGCCAUUGAAGCCAAACCACGAUAGUCAGAUUCUCUUCUGGGUUCUCUCAUUCAUAGUUUACUUCUCACUCUACUUUAUUCUCUAUCCAAACUUGCCAGUGUGGUAUUAUUCUGUGUCCUCAACUAUGGUUGGAUUGAAGAUGUACUUACCUUUCAUAUUAGCAACAAGAAGAGACCCAGGUAUCCUCAAGAACACGGACGAACAUCAGAUUGACUUUAUGGAGUUAAUGAAGGUGUUUACUCCAAGCGAACUUUGCCCCGACUGCAAGGUAAUCAGAACCCCCAGAUCUAGACAUUGUUCUAUUUGCAACGUCUGCGUUGAGAGAUUCGAUCACCAUUGUGUCUGGCUAAAUAAUUGCGUUGGAAUCAAGACUCAUGGACUCUACCUUUCAUUUUUGACAUUCUUGUGGGUGCUAUGCCUCUUGGUUAUGUGCAUUUCUAUGGAUUGCUUAGGCCGUGGACCAAUCCCAGAUACUGCUGACAGCCCAUUCGGACCCCUCUGCUUCUUUGGCAUCUGCAACGUUCCAGCUGUUCAAAGAAUCUUCGGAGGUUUUGAUUUAAUAGUUAGCACCAUAUUCUUUGUUCCAAGUUCAAUCCUUCUCUACAUUCAUAGCAAAAACUUUGCUCUUGGAAAGACCUCACAUGAAAGAUUCUCUAAGAGAGCUGCCAAUAAAAUGGGCGAGCCAGAGACCUAAGACUUUGUAGAAGUUGAUGAGGAUGAGAACAGUCUUCUUUAAUCUUCAAAGAAUAGCGUGACUCCAAAUGAUUAGGAGGACAAGGAAGCUUUGAAUCAACCACUUGACUAGGGCAUUAGAACCAGAAAGAAGAAAGGAUGCUGCUUCAACUGCAAGGUAAUGAUGUGCCAUCACAAAAUCCCCACCUAGAAGAAGCUUUACGAGAGAUAACUUAAGAAGCUCGAGUAACUCAACAGACAGACUCUCAUCAAAGAAUGA